AAACCUUGUUAUGAUUAUAUAAACUUGUUGACCAGCUGUAACAUAUAGUUUUUAUAUUCACUAAUAACACUCUUAAAAUCUAAUAAAAAUUCCCAACUUCAUAAGAUUUGGUCUUCUGUUGCAGGCCUUUUUUUUUUUGUUUUGGGUAAGGGAUGUUGUAGACCUAUGGUAAGUAACAUCCUGGACAUGGGCUGGUCUGAUAUUGUUUGUAAUUAGUUGGAUACAUGCUUUAGGAGCUGCCAAGGAGCUGAAAGGGUCUCAUAUUCUUUUAAUAAAAUUUCUACAAAACCAACCGAAAACUGGGCAAGCUAAAGCCAAGAGACCUCCUAAACAGAGCAAUAUCAAUGGCGGAGGAUCAGAAAGUAGAUACCCAACUCUUUCAGCUCCUUUCCAAUCUCCUUAACCAGGUUGAAGAAUUAACCAACCAAGAAGAAGUCGAAUUGCGAUCCAAGAUCGAAGCCCUCGGAUUAGAGGUUACAAAAGUUCCUUCAAAAUCGACACAGCAUUUGAAUGAGCUAGAGAUAGCCAAAGAGUUGGAUAAACUAUCAGCCAAGCUGGAUGAUGUGGACGAAAUGAUAUCUUCAGCAAUGGCAGCAGAUCCUGAGGUGCAGUCUCUCUUGAGUGGUACUGCUGAUGUAUGGAUGCCAGUUAUCACUGCUACAGCCGAUGAGAGACGAAAUUUUACAGCAUCAAUUGGAGAUGAUAACUCCGAAAAACAAGCGAAAAGUUCCUCCGAGUAGUCCAAUAUAUUUAUUUAAGAUUUUCAAUUUUCAUGUUUACCUUGUCUACCAAACUUUGGCUUUCAAUGUUUGCUGGCUUUUGAACUAAAUAAACAUUCUUCUUCCCAAA